AUGUCAAACUACAACAGUAACUUAUUGUUCAACACUCAGAUCACCUAUGAAGACAACAAUUCAACAUUUGUCGCAGAACCAAUCGAUGAACCAUACACUGAACAGACACCAGUGGUCAUUCAACAGAAGAUAUCAUCUGGAGUGUCUGAUUACCCAGAGGUGCAGACUCAGUACGCAUCACAUAGUAUGCCAGUGUCUCAGACAUCGAUUGGCCAACCGACACCACAUAAUUCAAUGUCAUUCGAUAGUCUGAAGGGCAUUCCAGGCGGCCUGACCGACUUUAAGGACAAGAGAACGUCGGUCGUGCUCAGCAGCACAAGGAAUCAGUCCAAGGACAUCACCGUGAGAGAGCCUGAGAAGGUUGGUGAUGGUGUCGGAUCAUACGUCACCUACAAGGUGUACACAAUCGAUAUCUUGGCCGAUCGACCAGACUACAAGAAGGAGAACACUGUCGUGCGUAGAUACUCUGACUUUGAAUGGCUCAGAAACUCACUCAAGGAGACCAGAAGAGGCAUUGCCAUCCCAACUCUUCCAGAGAAGGCUGUUCUAAACAAGUUCAACAAGGAGUUCCUUGAGAUUAGAAGAAGAGAGUUGGAGAAGUUCUUGAACAGGAUUGCAGAGAAUGAUGCUUUGAUGCACUCUAAUGAGCUUACUAUAUUCUUGGAAGGCUCUGAUGAGAAGUUGGCCGCAGCCAGGAACACAAGACCAGUGGUCGAGUCAGCUGAUGGCACGCCAGUGCAACAGGAGACCAAGACAUUCGGAAAGAUCUCCUCAUUCUUUGGAAGUGCCGCAUCGGCCGUCAGCAACAUGACCAGCGUGCACUCGGUCAAGGAGGUCGACCCAUGGUUCGAUGACAAGAAGAUCUACAUUGUCCAGUUGGACAACAACCUGCGCCGCCUCACUGACAAUGUCUCCAACGUCAUCAGGAAGCGUCGCGAGCUCGCUCAGGCUAUGGGUGACUUUAGCUCGGCCGGUCUGACCUUCUCCUCGGGCGAGAUCUCUCAAUCACAGGACGUUGCCAACAGCUUCCAGCGCAUCACACAGGUCGAGUCCACAGUCAAGUCCAGCAUGGAUGAGCUGAGCAAUUCAGAGGCCAACUUCUUUGAGGAUGGCAUGAUCGAUUAUAUUAGAGUGCUCAACUCGAUCAAGGAGCUGUUGAAUGAGCGUCUGGACGCGUUGCUCAACUUCCAGAACUGGGAGCGCAAGGUGGAGAGCGCCCGCGAGAAAUUCGAGAAGCUCAAGGCGGUCAAUGCCUUCAAGAAGGACUCAGCACAGAAGGAGUACGAGGACUAUCAGAAGAAGCUGGCCGAUGCCAAGCAGGAGUUUGAGCGUGUAAGCGCCACCACCAAGGUGGAGCUUCAGCGCUUCGAUAACAAGCGCAACUACGAACUCAAGAGAAUCGUGAACUUUGUAAUUCGUCUCAACUUGGAGCACUACCUCAAGGCGGCCGACUGCUGGAGAGAGUACUACUCGGAGCAAAAUCAAGACAUAGCAUUCGACACCAACAAGGCAUCCUGGGGUAUCACUCCAGGCAACCUGGCUGCAUCCUCUGCCGCCUCUGCUGCUGACAAAAACACAAACCCCAAGCAAUAG